CCGCGGCGGGCCUGCGGGCGGAGGCCGCCGAGCAGCGGGGGGGCGCGGAGCGCGGGGCGCUGGAUGCGGCGGAGGAGGCCGCCGAGCCACAGGAGCAGGAGCAGGCAGAGACGGACGAGGAGGCACAGGAGGUCCAGGAGGCCAUCGAGAGGGUGGGCCAGCUGCAGGGUCAGCUGAAGGCGCUCAUGGACAAGGUCGCCUCCAGGGUCGCGGAGGGGAAGGCCGCCCAACAGCAGGCUGCGGAUCUCAGGGUGGCCACGGAGGCUGCCGAUCAGAAGGCCUCGGACGAGGUCUUCCAGCAGCCCGUGGUCGCGGAGGCGGAGGCCGCGGAUGAGAUCGUCCAGCAGCCGGCGGUCGCGGGGGAGGAGGAUGCGAAGGCCACCGAUCAGAGUGUUGCGGAUGAUGACGCGCAGAAGCCAGCGGUCGCGGAGACCGAGGAGGUUUUCGAGCAGCAUGCUGCGGACGAAGGCGUUCAGCAGCUAAUGUUUGCAGACAAGAGGGCCGAGGCGACCGAGCAGCAGGCCGCAGAUGAGGCCGUUCAGGUAGAGGCCGCGGAUAAGACGGUCGAGCAGGCCACGCAACACGAGCACGGUAUCGACUUCGACGCUAUGCUCAGUAUGCUCAAGGAUAUCCAGAGCCAGGUUCAAGAUCUCAAGGAGAGCACCGCUGAGCAGAAGGCCGCGGAGCAGGAAGCUGCCGAGUCGCAGCUGCUUUCCUUUCGGACGGCCGCGUAUCAGAACAAGACGGCCGCGUAUCAGAAGGCUUCGGGAUCAGAGAGUUGGAUGCUCAACUCACUAGCGUUUCAGCAGAGAGGGUAACAUAUCGAGAGGGGGGACAAUCGCAUCCUCGUCAAGGCUGCGGCGGAGGCGACAGCCGCGGCGCAGGCGGCGGCGCAGGCCGUGACGGAGGCGAAGGCCACGGCGGAGGCGGAGAAGGCCGAGGCGGAGGCGGAGGUGAAGUCUGCGGCGGAGGCGAAGGCCGCGGCGCAGGCAGACGCGAAGUUCGCGGUCGAGGCCACUGCCGCGGCGCAGAAGGAGAUGAUGUCCGCGGUGAAGUCGACGGCUGCGGCGGAGUUGGAAGCGAAGGCCGCCAUGAAGGCCAAGGCCAAAGCAGAGGCUGAGGCGAAGGCCGCGAUGGAGGCGAAGGCCAGAGCAGAGGCGGAGAAGGCCAUCGUGACAGCGCAGGCAAGGGCCACGACGGAGGCGGUGGCCGCGGCGCAAGCAGAGGCGGAGUCCGCACUGGAGGCGAUGGCUGCAGCGGAGGCGGAGGCGAAACGUGCGACGGAGGCGAAGGCCACGGCCGAGGCGAAGAAGGCUUCGGCUGAGGCGGAAGCGAAGGCCGCGACGGAGGCGACGGCUGCAGCGCAGGCGGAGGCGAAGGCUGCGGAGGAGGCCACUGCCGCGGCGGAGGCGGAGGCGAAGUCUGCACUGGAAGCGGAGGCCGCGGCGGAGGCAGAAGCGAAGGCCGCGACGAAGGUCAAGAUUAGAGCAGAGGCGGAAAAGGCCAAGAUUGAGGCGGAGGCAGCGGAGGCGGUGGCCGCAGUGCGGGCGGAGGCGAAGGCUGCACUGGAGGCGACGACCGAGGCGGAGGCAGAAGCGAAUGCCGCGAAGAAGGCCAAGAUUAGAGCAGAGGCGGAAAAGGCCAAGAUCGAGGCGGAGGCGGCUGAGGCGAUGGCCGCAGUGCGGGCGGAGGCGAAGGCUGCACUGGAGGCGACGACCGAGGCGGAGGCAGAAGCGAAGGCCGCGACGGAGGCGAAGGUCAGAGCAGAGGCGGAAAAGGCCAAGAUUGAGGCGGAGGCGGCGGAGGCGACGGCCGCAGCGCAGGCGGAGGCGAAGGCUGCAUUGGAGGCGACGACCGAAGCGGAAGCAGAGGCCAAGGCCGCGACGGAUGCGAAGGUCAGGGCAGAGGCGGAGAAGGCUUCCGCUGAGGCCGGUGCGGCGGAGGCGACGGCCGCGGCGCAGGCGGAGGCGAAGGCUGCGGAGGAGGCCACUGCCGCGGCGAAGGCGGAGGCGAAGUCUGCCUUGGAAGCGGAGGCCGCGGCGGAGGCAGAAGCAAAGGCCGCGACGAAGGCCAAGAUCAGGGCAGAGGCGGAAAAGGCCAAGAUUGAGGCGGAGGCGGCGGAGGCGACGGCCGCAGUGCGGGCGGAGGCGAAGGCUGCACUGGAGGCGACGGCCGAGGCGGAGGCAGAAGCGAAGGCCGCUGCCGAUGCGAAAGCCAGGGCGGAAGCGCAGAAAAUCGCGGCAGAUGCGGAGGCGAGGGCUGCGGCGGAGGCGACGGCCGCGGCGGAGGCGGAGGCGAUCGCUGCGACAGACUCGAGGGCCAGGGCGGAGGCGGAGGCGAAGGCCGCGACGGAGGCGAAGGCCAGGGCAGAGGCGGAGAAGUCCGCGGCGGAGGCGGAGACAGCGGCAGCCACGGAGGCGUCGGCCGCGGCGCAGGCGAAUGCGGCGGCGGCGGCCGAGGCGGAGGACGCGUUCCCGGCCGGAGCUCCGAAGGCGUCAGGCGCAGAGGCCGCGGCCCGCGAGGAGGCCGCGGCGCGUGGGGUGGCCGCCGUGCGCGCCAAGGCCAGCGUCGGCGCGCUGGAGGCGCAGCUGCACGACCUCGAGCAGAGGAUGGCGGAGACCGAGCAGGGCCUCGCCCGCAGGGCGCGCAGCGCCCGCGGCGGCGAGAGGUCCAGGGGGGCCGCGGAGCCCGGCGCCCUGCCUCGGAGGCAGCAGGAGGAGGGGGAGGAGGAGCCCGGCGCGGCCGACGGCCCCGCCGAGGAGGGGGCUACGAAGCAGGAGCAGGGCUUCCACGCCUCCUCCGCCAUGGGGCUGCGGGAGGCGUGGAACAGCCUGCACCCGGACGAGCAGAUCCCCUCCGAGGACAGCGUCGUGAGAGCACCCAUCCGCGCGAAGCUGGCGCGAGCCAAGGAUGCUAAGCUCACCCCGAAGGCCCCCGUCAUCAGGAUGGACCUGCAAAGGCCCUACGCCGCACCGGCCGUCGCUGCGCCCUCUGCGCGUGCCGCUGGCAAGCUGAAGGCACCGUGAUCACCCGUGAGCCCAGAGAUAGGAGCUAGACCUGGCGCGCAUGUCCUGCGUCA